CCGCAAUUUAGUACUCAGUUGUUGUGCCCGUCAAGCGAACGUGUUCGGUUAAUCAAAGCGUGUGCGCUACACUGUCUGAUAGAUACACAGGCCGUCGGAAAAUUCUAUGCUUGCCACAGUCAGCAGCAACACCAACACCACCACUACCACAGCUAUUCACCAACAGCGCCACAACCACUAAAAUCAUUAACCCGAUAUACAGUGCGCGCGUGUAUGUGUGAGUGUGUGUGUGCUUUCAGUCAAAAGCAAAUCGAAGUGAAGUCGCCAGCUCUAAGGCAUCAAAUGCGCUAGCAAAUCGCUCGCACAAAAGUGGUGAAAAUUUUCAAAAACAACUUCAAGUGUACGUGAGUCUCGCGUUUGUGUGUGAAACGUGAAGCAAAGAUUUUCAGGUAUCACAAAAACAAUACAGCUAGUUAAUGUGUGUUGAAAUAACCAAAAAAUCAAGUAAAUUCUUCGAACAGGUGAAGCAAAAUCAAACCAUCAAACGAAAAACUGCAUAUAAGUGAAUUGGAAAAAAAGAAGAAAAAAAAAUCAUGAAAUAAAACCGAAUCAAAAGUUCAAAGAGAAAUCAGUUAAAACAAUAAAAACCAGCAGGUUUCGUUGCCUGUCAACGCGUCAGCGUAAAAAAGUUCCCAGCGUCAACAACCCCAAAACCGAAACAGCGGUUGGGGAGUACCAAAGUAUUAAGGGAUUAUCCUUACAACGUGUAAUUCAUACUUUAAACAAAUAAAAUAAGAAAAGAUUACAAUAAACACUGCCACGCGCCCAUUAGUCAGCGACGAGCGUGGGUGGUAAAGUAGAGUUGUGAAAGUAUCAAUUUCAGACGCCAAAAGAAAAAAAUCAAUAAGCCUAUAUAUAUCUGCGGAAAAUUUCAAAAUUUCUACUGCAUUUGCUGCGAUAAACAUAUCAUCGCUUUUCCUCUCGGCGCCGUCACAAAGUCAAACAGUCAUUCAUUGGUUCGUCAAGUUGGAUAAUGAAUGCGCAAAAAAGAUGACGCCGCUGCAAUGAGGACGAUCCGUUAGCGGCAUUGACUAUGGGACCAGAGGCAUGGGCGUGUGUGCGGACCCUGGGUCUUACCGGUGGUGUCAGGCAUUAAGCCGGUCGCGAUCAUCGUUCGCCACAAACAACAACAACAACAACAAUUACAACAACUUAAAUAAUAACGUUGCUUACAAUACAGCAACAACAACAACAAAAGAAAAUACAAACAGCACCAACAACCAAGCGUUUUCACCGCAAGCUGUACCAACAAAAACAACAAUCAUUUCGAAAUCACUUGCAAACCGCAAAUCAACGAAAAUCCCAAUAUUUGAUGAAAAUUCUACCAAAAUCAACCAAAGCAGCAGAGAGCCAGUAAACGACCAGCACCAGUGUGCGAGCGGUUGUUGUUGCCGUAGCAAUAACAAUAACAAUAACAACAACAAAAACAGCAACAGCAUAAACCGACUGCAGCAAACGCAUCAGUUUAUUAUAUUAUUGCUGGUUUUGCUGUUGCAAACCACACAUGCAAACAUACCAGAAGAUGCCGUACACAUCACAGCGAUACUCGGCGAAGGUGUCAUCUUCAAUUGUCACGUCGAAUUUCCCAAUGAUCAUCCGGUGCCGUAUGUCCUACAGUGGGACAAGAAGGUGAGCGAAACGGGUUCCGAUUUACCGAUCUAUAUAUGGUAUGAAAGCUAUCCGGAGCACAUCGAAGAGGGCUACAAGGGUCGUGUGUCACGCGUCUCACAGGACUCACCGUUCGGUUCGGCUUCACUCAAUUUGACCAACAUCAAGGAGUCGGAUCAAGGCUGGUAUGAGUGUAAAGUGGUAUUUUUAAAUCGUGAUCCCAAGCAGCAUAAGAACGGUACAUGGUUCCAUUUAGACGUACAUGCACCGCCACGUUUUAGUGUUACACCAGAGGAUAUUAUAUAUGUUAAUUUAGGCGACUCAAUUAUUCUAAAUUGUCAAGCGGAUGGCACCCCAACACCGGAGAUCUUAUGGUACAAAGAUGCUAAUCCCGUUGAUCCCUCGCCUACUGUUGGCAUCUUUAAUGAUGGCACCGAGUUACGGAUCUCCACCAUCCGACACGAGGACAUCGGAGAGUACACUUGCAUUGCACGCAAUGGUGAGGGACAAGUCUCCCAUACGGCCCGUGUUAUAAUAGCGGGCGGCGCUGUAAUCAUGGUGCCGCCCACUAAUCAAACGAAACUCGAGGGCGAAAAGGUGAUAUUCUCGUGCGAAGCGAAAGCAAUGCCCGGCAAUGUUACCGUUAGAUGGUUUCGCGAAGGCUCUCCCGUACGGGAGGUGGCCUCACUGGAGACACGCGUUACAAUACGUAAAGAUGGUUCCCUUAUUAUAAAUCCCGUUAGUGCGGACGAUUCUGGUCAAUACUUGUGUGAGGUAACGAAUGGCAUUGGAGAUCCGCAAAGCGCUUCGGCUUAUUUAAAUGUAGAAUAUCCUGCCAAAGUGACCUUCACACCCACUGUACAGUAUCUACCCUUCCGUUUGGCCGGCGUCGUUCAGUGCUACAUCAAAUCGAAUCCCACACUGCAGUAUGUCACCUGGACCAAAGACAAGCGCCUACUCGAACCGUAUCAGAUGAAGGACAUCGUCGUCAUGGCCAACGGUUCAUUGCUCUUCACGCGCGUCAAUGAGGAUCAUCAAGGUCGCUACACUUGUACACCCUACAAUGCACAAGGCACACAGGGAUCGUCCGGUCCCAUGGAGGUGCUGGUACGCAAGCCGCCCACUUUCACCGUCGAACCGGAGUCGCUGUAUCAGCGCAAAGUGGGCGACAGCGUCGAAAUGCAUUGCGAUGCCAUCGAGGCGGAGGGUACACAGCGGCCCACUAUCAAAUGGCAGCGUCAAGAUGGCGGCGAAUUGAGCGAGACACAGCGUACGCGUGUCAAAGUGUCCGGUGGCAAUAUAACCAUUGAGAAUUUACGCGGCGAAGACUUCGGCUACUAUCAGUGUGUCGUCUCGAAUGAGGUGGCCACACUGAUGUCCGUAACGCAGCUGGUCAUCGAGGGCACACAGCCGCAUGCACCGUACAACAUCACCGGCAAGGCGACCGAGUCAUCCAUCACACUGCAGUGGAUGCCCGGCUAUAGCGGUGGCUCCGAGUACAAGCAGGACUAUACGAUUUGGUAUCGCGAGGCGGGCGCCGCCGAUUGGCAGACCAUUUCGGUGACACCGUCGGGCAGCACACAGGUCACCAUCAACGGCCUGGCGUCUGGCACCACGUAUGAGUUUCAGGUGGUCGGACGCAAUGUGCUCGGUGAUGGGUUGAUGAGCAAAGUAAUGACGGUGCGCACUUUGGAAGACGCCCCGGCAGCGCCACGUAAUGUCAAGGCUGCAACACAACCGCCAGAUCAUAUUUUCCAACUAAUGCCAGACGAAGCUGACCUUUUAGCGUAUUUUGACAUUUAUUUUCAUACCGAUUCGAAUGGUACGAUCGUUUAUUCACCGCCAAAAUUAAAAUUGAAAGGUCCCAAACCUGGUCCACCACGCAAUCUAACCGUCACAGAGGUCUCGAAUGGUUUUCUCAUCUCAUGGCAGGCGCCACUGGAACGUGCCCAUAUCGUUAAAUUCUACACCAUCAAAUAUCGCACCGAUGCCCAGUGGAAGACGCUGAAUCGCGGCCAAAUACGGCCGGAGGAGACGCAAUAUUUAGUUAAGAAUUUAGUCGGCGGUCGUACGUAUUAUUUUCGCGUCUUAGCUAAUUCGGAAAAAUCCUACGAGUCCAGCGAUGAAGUGAAAUUUCCGGUGCCGGCACGUGUCAAGCAUAAAGCAAUAACAGCCGGUGUCGUUGGGGGCAUCCUGUUUUUUAUUGUUGCGAUCAUUUUAUCGGUUUGUGCCGUAAAAAUUUGCAAUAAACGUAAACGACGAAAACAGGAAAAAGAGUUCAAUAUGGUAGCUUGCCGGAUAACUGAUGCCCGUAAUAUAGCGGCGAAUAAUCAUCAUUUGCAACAUCAUCAGCAACAACAGCAGCAGCAGCAGCAACAAAUACAACAGCAACAGCACACACAAAUGCAUCACCAACAACACCAACAUCAACAUCAACUACAACAUAAUUUGCACAGCCGCAGUACGGGCUCACUUUCCGCUGGUCAAGUGCCUUUAAAAAAAUUUAAACAAGCCCGAAUAUCAAGUCUAACCACGAUACUAAUUGCUAUACUACACUGGAUUUGGCCGCCGGACCGCUGUACCAACUGUCACUCGAUUUACAGUUCAUCGCAUGCCGAGGAGGAGGGUCGUCAAUCCGUUAGCCAAAUUCAACGCUCUGUCGACGGACGUUUCGUAAUUUCCAGCACAAAAGCAGGCAGUACAGGUAAGCUCAAUGCGCUCACAAGCGGCACCGACAUGGACGGUGUCGACGAAGUGGAUACGGCCACCAUACGCCGCCAUAGCCAUGCUUCGCAAAAAUCUUCCAGUGAUGAUGGCGGCUUUCUGUCGCGUCGCAACUUUAUUACGGCACGUGCCUCCUGGCGGCGUCCCUUGGUGGCCUCACCCUCUCAACUGAGCUUGCAGUCCGCUGUCGGUUCGGCACGUGGCUUCCUGCAGGGACUCGGCGGGCUGCUACGCGUUGGCAGUAAUGCUGCGGUGGGUGGCGGCAGUAGUAGUGGACUAGCGGGCAUUUCGGCAGGUGGUGCUACGUCUGGUGUCGGAGAGGAUGUGGCUGGUAAUGCUGGAGCGCGCUAUCAGAAUAUCUAUCGUGGACAGUAUGGACACGACAUCUAUCGCAACUUACAGCUAGCGCAACCAGCACAGCCCACCAGUCGUCCGCUGCAUAUAAAUACCUUGAGUGGCGGUUCAUAUCUUGGUGCACAUCAGUAUCACCAGCAGCAUAUGCAUGGUCUGCACUUAACACCGAACUUGUACACGCCAUCGCGUAUAUCACGCAUCUUCUCCAGCUCACCAGCCAGCACACCGAAUGACACCUUGGGCAGCGGCACACAUCCGCACAUCAGCGGUCUUGGUGGCACAAGUGGCGGCUCUGGUGGUGGCUUGCUCACCUCACCGUGGUCGCUGACGACGCCUGGCAGCGGACAUCUGCAUCCACAUUUCAGCGAUUUAAGCAGCGUCUAUCCAAGCUCAGCCGAACGUUCCUUACCUACGCCGUCAGCAAACAGCGGCAACCUCAGCCGUUAUCGCUAUUAUGCGCACGAACUUCCGUCGCUACGCACCAUACAAGAGGAGACGCGGCGCUACAAUCAGCAGCAACAAGAGGAGAAACAACAGCAGCAGCUACAACCUACAGAUGGCUUCGUGCCACUGCAAAUACCUUCGCCACCCUCGUGGCGGAACUACUACCACUCGCAGCUACCAUAUAACAGUUACCGGCCGCGUACGCGCUGGUAUCCACGCCACUACGCACGUCUCUUCGGACGCACACAAUCAGAGCUGAUGUCGCCAUUGCCACAUCUAAACCUCACACUGCGCUCGGGACCUGUGGGUGCUAUGGGUCUGGAAGCUUCACCGGAGUCGCGCUCAAGUUCGAGUGGAUUUGGCUCGAAAAAUAAUUCUAAUCACCCACAAGGAUCUCAUCACUCGGGCAGCACGAGUGAAUGGCGAUUACUGCCACCAUAUCGACCACCUCCACCGCCACCGGCCAGCAACAGCGCUUACUUCGGUUUAACAUCGCCGAACGCGCAACAGCAGGCACAAGGUCAAGCGCCAGCGAGCCAUCAUCACCAGCAACUACACCACCCGCCCUUAUUCACCACCAACUCACUGCCCUACUACGGUUCGUAUAGCGGCACAAUGGGUAGCGGCAUACACCAGCAGCAGCGGCCACAAGAUAGACCCACUACGCCACCCUACACCAUGGAACACUGGCUGGGCAUGAUCUCAGACCUCGACGCGGCCACGGACAAUGUCAAUCUACCGAAGUCGGUAGAUGUGGGCAGCGUCGACGGACACUACGAAUUCGACCCGGCCACACCAACGCCCAGCGCAUCCACACCCACCGGCGGCCUGCUGCGCGAGGAUCUCAAUUUACACGUGGAUACCACCGGCCAUCAUACGCUUGGCCCGCUCAGUAGCGGCAGCCUGUACCACAACAGUGUUGGCCCCACAACACUCACUUCGGGUGCGGCAACUUACGCUGGACCGAUGCGCAAGACACGCUUCACACGCUACGACAACGUGGAAGCGCGCUUGCAGGCAAUGCGCGCGGAGUUCUACGAAUACCGCAAGCGGCAAGCGAUGCAGCAGGCGGGCGUGGCUGAGCUGGAGAGUGUGUGCUGAGAGGUGUGUGUUUUGGUUAUUGUUGGCGCGUAUGUGUGUUAGUAAUCUAAGUAGCGUGUAGCAAGUUAGCAUUAAGCGAGGUUAGUCUAAGUCGUUUAAAGCUUAUUACAUCAAAUGUAAGUUUCAGUACAUUCGCAAAACGAAAGAUGCAAACGAAUGUUUAAGUGCUGCCCAACAAAAGUUAUCGCAAAAACUAUAUAGAGAGUUUUUAGUGAGCGAAGGCUUCAUUACAUUUUUCAUCUUCUAAGUUAUUUAGCAAUAAAUAAACUGCUGAAGACUCUGUGUCGGGAAAGUCUACUGCUAAUAUGCUCGAAAGUGGUUUUCGAAUUAUAAAUAAAACAAAAAUUCUAAAACGUCCAGUCUUUGCUGGCAACUCAGUUCCUUUCUUAUUUUUACUCUGAAUUAUCUUAAGAAAAGCUCAAGCUGAGUACUGUGUCUGUAUAAGGCCUGGCAUAUAAUGAAACUCAGCGUAGUAGUUUGACAACUGCAGAGAACAGUCUCCAAUCUUCUAAUAGAAGUAUGCUUGAGUCAAAAUUGAGUAUCUCAAAGACUUUAUCUGCGUUAAGACAGCUGUCGGCAUGUUCUUGCCACUUCUCUGAACAUUUCUGAAACCGUUCUUUCGCCGCAUUCUAUUUCUAUCUCUCUCUUUCUCUCUAACAUAAAAUAGAUAUGACGAUUUCCUGAACAUCGUGCACUAAUUGAGAGUACUUAGAGUACUGUUGUCUGUAAUUAAUUACUUAGUAAGUACUGCUUAAGUACUUAGUGUGUAAUUAAUGAGGCGCAUGCAAAGAUUUCAUUGAAAUGACGAAACCGAAGUAACAUUAGAGGCAGUUUUAUGCUAAAACUGAGCAAAGGAUUCAUGUAAAUAUUAAACAUUAAGUCUUAUUUGUAGCAAAACAGUGAAAUGAAUUAUGAAACAAAAAUUAAGGUGAACACGUAUUGUAAUGGUGUGAAACUGAGUAUCCAAAAAUAUAGCAAUUGUAAAGAUAUAUAUUACAAAAGUAAUUAAUUACUAAAUUUAAUUACAUUUAAAGCAAUUAAACAAUUAAACACUUUAAGUACGUUAAUUAUUAAGCAGACCAUUACUAACUUUAAUAAAGCGUAAAAUAAAAAAAUAAAAUAUAAAUAAAUAAUAAAAUAUAGUUAUUAUUAGCAAAUGUAUUUAACUAAAUAAUGAAUACCCGAAAUCAGUUAAAAAUUUGUUAAAAAAAGGAGAAAUACUAAAUAAGAAAGAAGAAAAAAUAGUAAUCUAACUGAAGUAAUUGAAGAAUGUAAUGAAUACAUUGGAGCGCAGGUAUGACAGUAAAAAUACAAAAACAGUUAAAAAUACAAAAACAAAAAGGAUGAGAAUUUUAAGUGAGUUUCCCCAUACUAACAACAAUGCUCAUGCAUUGACUAACUUAAAAAAAAACACACACACAAAUCUAAACUUAAGUAGUUCAAUAUGUAUUGAGGAAAAAUUAUGAAAUAAACUACUGCGAUGAAAUGCAAAAAGACACAAACAAAAUGUAAACUAACAAAAACAAGAAAAAAUAAAUAAA